AUGUUAUUAUCAAAGAUAAAGUUAACCGAUAUUGAAUCGAUUCUCUCACCUAAUUGUGAAUUGAACAAUGUGACUGUGAAUCAAUUAACCAAACUAAAUGGUCAUAAGGAACCUAUUUUAUUACUCGCAACCAAAUCAAAUGGUGAACAUUUAUUAAUUCAUGAAUUAGAAGAAUUUAUAUUUAAAUAUGAUACUGGUUUAAUAGUCGAUGCAACUAACUCAUUUUCGCCCAUAAAAAGCAAUAAUAAUGAAUUAAUUACUAAAUUACAUGAAGAAAAUAAACGAAAUAUAGAGGAAAUUCAUGAACUUAAAAAGUUACUGGAAGAUAAAUUAAAUAUUGAACAGAAAUUCGAAGAAAAGGCUCAAUCGUUAAUGAUCAAAAAUGCAAACGAUAUGAAAAAUUUUCACGAGUUUUACUCGAAUAAAAUUGAACAAUUAAUUCUCUCUCAUAAAUCUGAAUUGAACAAUCUAGUUCUAGAGCAUAAAGCUGUAAUUCAAAAACAUGAACAAAAACUAGAACAAAUUGAAAAACGUCUAACAAAUUUAAUUGAAAAUAGAACAGUGUUAAUAGAAUCCAUAAUGCCUUCGUUUAAUCCAAAUUAUUUUCAAGCGAUAAUGGAUAUUUUACAAAAAGAUAAUAAUACACAAAAAUCCAUAAUGGGUAUGUUAUGGCAGUGUAUGUAUGCCGUUAUGGGUUGUAUUAUCGGAGCAGUGUGUUUUGGCUCUUUUGGUGCUCUUUUUGGCACAAUUAUUGGUGCAAUUAUUGGUUUUCGUAAUGUUCAAAGUUAUAGUUCAUUACUUCCUAGACUUCAACAGUUGAGCGAAGAACAAAGACAAAAUGUAUCGAAUGAAGUUCGAAAUGCUGUCGGUUCAUCAAAUAUUGACUCGUUAAUUAAUUAUGCAAUGAGCGGUAAUGGGAGACAACUAAUUGGAGGUAUCAUUCAACGAUAUUUGAAUGGAAAUCAAGCACCGCAACAUCAACAAAAUCCUGCUGGAUUCUUCUCAAGGUUUUUUCAAUAA